AUGAACCAGAGAAAAAAAUCUAUUUAUGUUUCUCUAAUUCUCCUCACAAUUAUAAACUCUUUUGCGCGCUCUCUCUCUCGCUCUCUUUCGCUUUUUCGCGCUCGCUCUCUUUCGCUCGCUCUCUUUCGCUCUCAUUCCCAAAUAUUUUUUGUCUAUUUUUUUUUUUCUCUUUUUCAAUAUUCAAUAUUUUCUUUUUUUUUCCUUCUUUCUUCUUCAUUCCUUCCUCUGUAUAUUUUUCUUUUUUCAAUAUUCAAUAAUGUUUUUUUUUUCUUUCCUUCCUCUUCUUUCCAUAUUCCUUCCUCUGUAUAUUUUUCUCUUUUCAAUAUUCAAUGUGUUUUUCUUUUCUUUUCCUUCCUCUUCUUCUUCGUCUCCAUAUUCCUCUGUAUAUUUUCUCUUUUUCAAUAUUAUUUUCUUUUUCUUUCCUUCCUCUUCUUCUUCGUCUCCAUAUUCCUUCCUCUGUAUAUUUUUCUCUUUUUCAAUAUUCAAUGUGUUUUCUUUUCUUUCCUUUCUUCUUCUUCGUCUCCAUAUUUCAUAUUUUUUCUCUUUUUCAAUAUUCAAUGUGUUUUCUUUUUCUUUCCUUCCUCUUCGUCUCCAUAUUCCUUCCUCUGUAUAUUUUUCUCUUUUUCAAUAUUCAAUGUGUUUUCUUUUCCUUCCUCUUCUUCUUCGUCUCCAUAUUCCUUCCUCUGUAUAUUUUUCUCUUUUUCAAUAUUCAAUGUGUUUUCUUUUUCUUUCCUUCUUCUUCGUCUCCAUAUUCCUUCCUCCUCUUUUCAAUAUUCAAUGUGUUUUCUUUUUCUUUCCUUCCUCUUCUUUUCGUCUCCAUAUUCCUUUCUGUAUAUUUUUCUCUUUUUUCAAUAUUCAAUGUGUUGUUUUCUUUUUCCUUUCCUUCUCCAUAUUCUUUCGUAUAUUUUCUCCAUAUUCUCUUCCUCUGUAUAUUUUUUCUUUUUCAAUAUUCAAUGUGUUUUUCUUUUUUUCCUUUCCUUCUUCUUCGUCUCCAUAUUCCUUCCUCUGUAUAUUUUCUCUUUUUCAAUAUUCAAUGUCUUUUUCUUUUUUCUUUCCUUCCUUCUUUCGUCUCCAUAUUCCUUCCUCUGUAUAUUUUUCUCUUUUCAAUAUUCAAUGUGUUUUCUUUUUCUUUCCUUCUCUUCUUCUUCGUCUCCAUAUUCCUUCUCCAUAUAUAUUUUCUCUUUUUCAAUAUUCAAUGUGUUUUCUUUUUCUUUCCUUCCUCUUCUUCUUUUCCAUAAUAUUCAAUGUGUUUUUUUUUUCCUUCCUCUUCUUCUUCGUCUCAUAUUCCUUCCUCUGUAUAUUUUCUCUUUUCAAUAUUCAAUUCUUCAUCGUCUCCAUAUUUCCUUUUUUCCUCUGUAUAUUUUUCUCUUUUUCAAUAUUCAAUGUGUUUUCUUUUUCUUUCCUUCCUCUUCUUCUUCGUCUCCAUAUUCCUUCCUCUGUAUAUUUUUCUCUUUUUCAAUAUUCAAUGUGUUUUCUUUUUCUUUCCUUCCUCUUCUUCUUCGUCUCCAUAUUCCUUCCUCUGUAUAUUUUUCUCUUUUUCAAUAUUCAAUGUGUUUUCUUUUUCUUUCCUUCCUCUUCUUCUUCGUCUCCAUAUUCCUUCCUCUGUAUAUUUUUCUCUUUUUCAAUAUUCAAUGUGUUUUCUUUUUCUUUCCUUCCUCUUCUUCUUCGUCUCCAUAUUCCUUCCUCUGUAUAUUUUCUCUUUUUCAAUAUUCAAUGUGUUUUUCUUUUUCUUUCCUUCCUCUCUUCGUAUAUAUUUUUCUUUUUUUCAAUAUUCAAUGUGUUUUCUUUUUCUUUUUUCUUUUCUUCUCUCAUAUUCUUUCUGUAUAUUUUUCUCCAUUAUUCCUCUUCUUCUUCGUAUAUUUUUUCUCUUUUCAAUAUUCAAUGUGUUUUCUUUUUUCUUCUUCUUCUUCCUUCCUUUCGUCUCCCAUAUUCCUUUCCUUCUUGUAUAUUUUUUCUUUUCUUUUCAAUAUUCAAUGUGUUUUCUUUUUCUUUCCUUCCUCUUCUUCUUCGUCUCCAUAUUCCUUCCUCUGUAUAUUUUUCUCUUUUUCAAUAUUCAAUGUGUUUUCUUUUUCAAUUUCAAUGUGUUUUCUUUCCUUCCUCUUCUUCUUCGUCUCCAUAUUCCUUCCUCUGUAUAUUUUUCUCUUUUUCAAUAUUCAAUGUGUUUUCUUUUUCUUUCCUUCUUCUUCGUCUCCAUAUUCCUUCCUCUGUAUAUUUUUCUCUUUUUCAAUAUUCAAUGUGUUUUCUUUUUCUUUCCUUCCUCUUCUUCUUCGUCUCCAUAUUCCUUCUGUAUAUUUUCUCUUUUCAAUAUUCAAUGUGUUUUCUUUUCUUUCCUUCCUCUUCUUCUUGUCUCCAUAUUUUCCUCUGUAUAUUUUUCUUUUUUCAAUAUUCAAUAUGUUUUCUUUUUCUUUCCUUCCUUCUUCUUCGUCUCCAUAUUCCUUCCUCUGUAUAUUUUUUCUCUUUUCAAUAUUCAAUGUGUUUUCUUUUUUUUUCCUUCCUCUUCUUCUUCGUCUCCAUAUUCCUUCCUCUGUAUAUUUUCUCUUUUCAAUAUUCAAUGUGUUUUCUUUUCUUUCCUUCCUCUUCUUCUUCGUCUCCAUAUUCCUUCCUCUGUAUAUUUUCUCUUUUUUCAAUAUUCAAUGUGUUUUUUUCUUUUUCCUCUUCUUUUCCUUCUUCGUCUCAAUGUGUUUUUUUUUUUAUUCCUUCCUCUGUAUAUUUUUUCUCUUUUUCAAUAUUCAAUGUGUUUUCUUUUUCUUUUUUCUUCUUCUUCGUCUCCAUAUUCCUUCCUCUGUAUAUUUUCUCUUUUUCAAUAUUCAAUAUUUUUUUUCUUUUCUUUCCUUCCUCUUCGUCUCCAUAUUCCUUCCUCUGUAUAUUUUUCUCUUUUUCAAUAUUCAAUGUGUUUUCUUUUUCUUUCCUUCUUCUUCGUCUCCAUAUUCCUUCCUCUGUAUAUUUUUCUCUUUUUCAAUAUUCAAUGUGUUUUCUUUUUCUUUCCUUCUUCUUCGUCUCCAUAUUCCUUCCUCUGUAUAUUUUUCUCUUUUUCAAUAUUCUUCUUCGUGUUUUCUUUCUGUAUAUUUUUCUUUUUCAAUAUUCAAUGUGUUUUCUUUUCUUCUUCUCUCUCCAUAUUCCUUCCUCUGUAUAUUUUCUCUUUUUCAAUAUUCAAUGUUUGUUUUCUUUCCUUCUUUUCUUUUCCUUCCUCUUCUUCUUCGUCUCCAUAUUCCUUCCUCUGUAUAUUUUUUCUCUUUUCAAUAUUCAAUGUGUUUUCUUUUUCUUUCCUUCUUCUUCGUCUCCAUAUUUUUUCUGUAUAUUUUCUCUUUUUCAAUAUUCAAUGUGUUUCUUUUUUUCCUUCUUCUUCGUCUCCAUAUUCCUUAUUUUCUCUCUUUUCAAUAUUCAAUGUGUUUUCUUUUUCUUUCCUUCCUCUUCGUCUCCAAGUUCCUUCCUCUGACUUCUUCCUCAAUAUUGUAUGUUUUCUUUUUUUCCUCUUUUUCAAUAUUCAAUGUAUUUUCUCCAAUGUGUUUUCCUUCUUCUUUCAUAUUCCUUCCUCUGUAUAUUUUUUCUCUUUUCAAUAUUCAAUGUGUUUUUUCUUUUUCUUUCCUUCUUCUUCUUCCUUCCUCUGUAUAUUUUCUCUUUUUCAAUAUUCAAUGUGUUUUCUUUUUCUUUCCUUCUUCUUGUCUCCAUAUUCCUUCCUCUGUAUAUUUUCUCUUUUCAAUAUUAUUCAAUGUGUUUUCUCUUUUUCAAUAUUCAAUGUGUUUUCCUUUCCUUCUUCUUCUCCAUAUUCCUUCCUCUGUAUAUUUUCUCUUUUCAAUAUUCAAUGUGUUUUCUUCUUUUCCUUCCCUCUGUAUAUUUUUCUCUUUUCAAUAUUCAAUGUGUUUUCUUUUUCUUUCUUCUUCUUCGUCUCAUAUUCCUUCCUCUGUAUAUUUUCUCUUUUCAAUAUUCAAUAUUUUUUUUUCUUUCCUUCUUCUUCGUCUCCAUAUUCCUUCCUCUGUAUAUUUUCUCUUUUUCAAUAUUCAAUGUGUUUUCUUUCCUUCUUCUUCGUCUCCAUAUUCCUUUUUCUCUUUUCAAUAUUUUUCUCCUUCCAAAUUUUCAAUGUGUUUUUCUUUUUCUUUCCUUCUUCUUCGUCUCCAUAUUUCCUUCCUCUGA